AUGGCUCCAGAACAAGGGCCAAUUCAGAUUGACGAAUUGUUUACGAUCCCGUCGUCUAUGGAUCCCAUAUUAACUAGUUCAAUGGUUCAUCAACCCCUGAUUAGUACUGGAGUGACCGCAGCCCCCCCAGAGCGUACUCGAUCCCUAAAUAUUAACGACAACCACUCUUCUGGGCCAGAUGAGGUUCUAGGUUUAGAUAAUGACACAACAUUCGUUAUACCAGCCUCUCCCAUCCGCGCAAAUGUGAAACGGAGAAGAUCCGUCGUAUCUGCUCCUGGAGAUAUUCUGGGGCGUCGAUUAUCAAGGAAAAAUAGCCCGACCGUGCUAAGUCAUAGAGUUGAUUUAUACCAUCAUCGAUCUAGAAAGCGAGAAACAUCUUAUCCUGACGGCGCUGAGACGCUAAAGAGGCAGAGGAUAGACGGAGAUGAUACGCUAUUCACUAAGCCGACAAUCAAAAGGACUGGAAGCACUAAGAAGCCGCAGGGGGUGAUUAUACCGCAGCUACCGCUGACUGGGCAAGUGGAAUGCAGUGAGAACGACGGCGGGCAAGUGACAUACGAGCGAAAGGGUGCAUUUCGACUGAGGACAGAUAAAGGAAAUAAUAAAUUUCGCUUCCUCAAGCCUCGUAGUCAACCAGAACCACCCUGGCGGGCAGGCGAUGGAUUUUCAGGGGAUGAAGCCAGGCCGAGCUUCUUGUUCCUUAUGACCGGUACGCAAAAGCAAAGAAGACCCGAUUUACUUCCGGGUAUGGGCAAACUCCAACUGGAAAGCGAGGUUGCCAAUAAAUACGAUGUGCGUGGAUCAAGGCUCAGUGGCUCGAAGGUCCAACAUUCAACCCCGACUCAACGUGAGAUAAAAAGUCGGCGUUGCAUAGCAAAAGACGUCUGGCCCACCAGAGAAAACUUUGUAGAGGAGUUGGGACCACGACACCGGAGAUCCACCACUCUAGAAAACCAGGGAGUUAUGUCUUCUAGCAUGUUGACCCAGCCUACUUUUUUAACUCCUCAAAACGGAGAUAUGUUCCCAUAUAAGCCCUUGACACUACGAAAAAGAAAACAUUCUGAUUUCGAGAAUUUUGGCCGACAUUUGAAGGAAAGCAGCGGGUCGCAUUUUAUUGCUAAAGUAGAGCAUCGAAGCUCAGAGAUGCAUUAUGUCAAGCAGUCGAAGCCGAGGGAUGAAGCGUACGAGCAUGAAGAAGGGUAUGAAGCGGAUCAAGACGAUAUGACUAUACCUUUAACAUAUGAUGAGAGUGAGAUCGAUGAGGAUGAAGUGCUUGAAAAAGAUAGCUACCAAGGUACACCUAAUGGCUCUCAGAGCCGAGAGUCUAGCGCUAUGGAUUCGGCCAUUUUUGUUCUUGGCGACAUAGAGAACGAGACCAGGCUGGGAUCUCCGGAACUUGGGAACGACAGACCGGGUGAAUAGAUGGGCGUCUACAUCUGGC